AUGGACUUCCGCCUCCUGGCCCGCAGCCUCCGCGCCAGGCCAACACCAUGGCUCCAACAGCAGACCCAGCUGCACCGCGUCGCCUCCCUCGCAAACGGCGUGCGCUACAAUUCCUCAACCUCAUCACCAAGCACACCCUUCAAACCCACAUCUCCCACCGACCAGCCAAGCACAGCCCCCGAGGCCGCAAAACAAGCCCAAAAGCCGGUCUCCGACUUCGACGACAUCCUCAGCAGACUCGAACUCAACAAGCCCCGAGAGGUAUCAAGCAACCAGCGCCGGAUCUUCUCAGACUCGCUUUCCCGGGCUGUCGGCGAAGGUGCACAGAGCAGCUACCGGGCGCGGUCGAGGGCACCUCUACCUACACGCAAGGUCGAGCUGAAGCUUGGGCCGACGCUUGGUCGACAGGUUCAUGUUGAGCCUGAGCGUGGUACUGAUCUCGGUGGUGCGCUGCGCAAGCUUCAGGCUACUCUUUCGCAGAAUAGCGUUCGGCAGGAUGUCAACCAGCAGAAGUUCCAUGUGCGGAAGGGUAUGGUGCGCAAGCAGAAGAAGAUGAUGCGGUGGAAGAAGCUGUUCAAGUUCUCGUUCCAGGGGACUGUGAAGAAGAUUCAGCGUAUGCAGGCGCAGGGUUGGUAG